CUUAAGUGAUAAAAUAAAUCACAACAACAAAAUAAAUGAUAAGUUACUACAUCUUUUGAAAAUAAAAUGAGUAGUCAAAGAUUUAGAGAAAAAAGUCAACGGCGAACGGAGAGCUAGUACUUGUUGGUGAGCUCCGUGUUUUUGCAAAGUGCUCUUAUCCGUAGGGCAACAAAUGUGUCUUCAACUUGAAGAGGUGUGGGAAGGAAUGUCCUGAUGUAUGAGUUUGUGCUUCUGCUGCUGUGUUUGUGUUCUCCUCCUCUCACCAUCUUUUGCUAUUUUUGAAAGGACUUGGCUAUCAGCCUCACGACCCCCCUCCUCCUUUCAUGCUCGAGCCUCUGUUCUCUCGCAUGAUAAUCAUCAUGCCAAGAAAAGAUUGGUGCCACUAGAUUGGAUCUUGGACAAGGAGGAGGAAGAGAAGGAGGAGGAGGAGGAGGAAGAGAUGCUGCAGCGGGCAGCGAGCAAUGCAUAUUCAUGGUGGUGGGCAAGCCACAUCCGCAGCAAACAGUCAAAAUGGCUCGACAACCACCUCCAAGAUAUGGAACACAGGGUGAAGUGCAUGCUCUUGCUCCUUGGGGAGGAGGCUGAUUCCUUCUCGAAGAGGGCAGAGAUGUACUACAAGAGGCGACCUGAGGUGAUCACUCAGGUGGAAGAAGUAUACCGUGCAUACAAGGCUCUGGCUGACCGGUAUGACAUCAUGUCAGGGGAGCUACACAAAGCAAACCACACCAUUGCCACUGCCUUUCCUGACCAAGUCCAGUAUGCAAUGCUGGAAGAGGAGGAGGACAACAUCCCAAAGGCGUUCACCCCAGUGGAUCCACGCAAAAUCCACAAGUCAACUGUCGAUGGGUUGAUGAUGAAGAAGAAUAAGAAGAAUCCUGGGCGGUCCAUGGACGAUGGAGGAGAAAAGACCACUCCUCUGGUGGCAGUCAGUAAGGAGAAUGCACGGGAAGAGAUCAGCAGGCUACAGAAAGCUAUACUGGUCAUGCAGACUGAGAAAGAAUUUAUCAAAAGCUCCUACGAGAGUGGCAUCGCAAAGUACUGGGACCUUGAGAAGGAGAUCAACGACAUGCAGGAACAGGCUUGCCACUUCCAAGAUAAGUUUGAUGAAAGCGCCGUGAUCGAGGAUGACGAGGCCAGAGCCCUGAUGACAGCGACUGCCCUCAAGUCCUGUGAAGACACUAUCGUCAGGCUGCAGGAGCAGCGCAAGGCAUCUGCGCAGCGCGCGGUGGGAGAAUCGGAAAGGGUCAGGGUUCUAAGAGACAAGUUCGAGGCUAUAAUGAACAAGCAUGGCAGAUCUCUACCAGCUGUUUCUCUGGAGGAGGAGAGAAACACUCGAAAGAACCACUGCCCGGAGGAGACGAUGGAAAGUGUCCAUGUCAAACAAGAAGUUGCGGUAGACAUAGUAGCUGACAAGAUCAAGGAACACUUUGAGAGGGGCUGCGACAUCUCCAUCGCACAAGUCACAGAGAGGAUCGAUGAAGUCGUCAACACGGUCGUUGACUUGGAGCUCAUGGUUUCAUCACAAACCUCUCAGAUAGACCGGCUUUGUCAGGAAAACAAGGAGCUGGAGAGUUCCCUGCAAAGCCUGGAGGAUGGAUCAGCAGAUGAACUGACCGAGAAGCUUAUCAGGCAAGCAGAAGAGGAGCUUGUCAGGGCUCAGGCUCUCGAAAGCUCCUUCCACAAAGACGAGAGCACAAUCCGUUCCAAUUUCGUAGAAGCGAUAAGCAGGUUCCAUGACGUGUCGGAGUUGCUGCUAUCGCCAGUUUGCGAUUCUGCACACACGUCCCAUGACGUGCCGGAGUCGUCUAUGGAGGAGAUUGCUGAACAACCCCAUGCAGAGGCAGACAAUGCACUCGUGGCAGCCAAAAGUGAAUCAUCAUCAUGCAUGGAGAUGGAGCAACAGCUCGACGUUGCCCAAGACAAAAUUUCAUGUGACGAUCAUGGGACCUCACUGCUUGAGGACGCCAAGAGAAAGCUUGCAGAGAUGGAGCAAAAGAACCAGGAUUGCCUGAAUGAAAUCCGGGCACUCCGAGAACAAAUCACGAGCUGCUCCUGCUCUCGCCGGGGUCACAGGAGGAGACCUUCCAUUUCAAGUGACGCCUCCAUUAGCCUGCUCAAGGGCCCGACGCUGUCGACCAUCGCUGAGAACGCCUCACCUCUCCAAGACAAGUUCAGAAGGGACAUAGACACGCUCUUGGACAACAACCUGGAGCUGCUGAUGAAGUUCAGCUCGUCGCUACAGCGGGUGCAGGAGUUCCAGAGCAAGCACGACGGCUUGCAGCACCUCAUCAAGGACCAAGACGGCGGCAAGCAGGACGGGACGACGGAGAAGCAGCUGAGGGCCUUCAAGACGGAGCUGCAGGUGUGGUCGGAGCAGAACGCGAUGCUGCGGGGGGAGCUGCAGUGCAGGUUCGCGUCGCUGUGCGACAUACAGGAGGAGAUCACGGCGGCGCUGGACGACCAAUACCAGGCCGCCAAGUUCCAGGGGGAGAUCCUCAACAUGCAGCAGGAGAACAACAGGGUGUCGGACGAGCUGCAGGCGGGGCUGGACCACAUCAAGGGUCUCCAUGCGGAGGUGGAGCAGGCGCUGGCCAAGCUGCACAAGAGCGUCAGCCUGCCGCCACAGCAAGCAGGGGACGACGGCGGCGGCGACUCCAGCUCGCCUGCCCAUGGUGGCAGCAGUAGCAACCUGGGGCUCGUACCUUCCAACAAGUCCAAUGUUCCGUUGCAGUCGUUCCUCUUCCCGGCCAAGCCCACCCCGGCCAAGCCCAAGAAGACGUCUCUGCUGGCCCGUGUCACGCCAGUGCUCCCGAAGCAGCCGGUGGACAUGAGGUUUCUGGCCAAGCUGCCAAGGUAGCAAGCAAAGCAUGUUCUUGCCCUCCGAAUAGAUAGAUACAUACAUCUUUGCCUUGGUGGAUUGUUCAAAUGAAUUCUUUAUCAAAAUAUAUUGCAGGAGAUAUGUAAUAAAAUCAGUUUGAUGUUAUAGAAUUCAUUUCAAAAACAACAUUAACAAAAUAUAUUGCAGGAGUACUGCUUAUUGUAGAAUUUAUUGUUUUUAGAAGGUGCGGUGCACGCAUGAAUGAUAAAAAACAUCCAUCCGUAUUC